AUGCGGCAGGUUUGCUGCUCAGCGCUGCCGCCGCCGCCACUAGAGAAGGGUCGGUGCAGCAGCUACAGCUACAGCGACAACAGCAGCAGCAGCAGCAGCGAGAGAAGCAGCAGCAGCGAGAGCGGCAGCAGCAGCAGAAGCAGCAGCGGCAGCGGCGGCAGCAGCAUCUCCCGUCCCGCUGCGCCCCCAGAGCCGCGGCCGCCGCAACAGCCGCAGCCCCGCAGCCCCGCAGCCCGGAGAGCCGCCGCCCGUUCGCGAGCCGCAGCCGCCGGCGGCAUGAGGCGCGACCCGGCCCCCGGCUUCUCCAUGCUGCUCUUCGGUGUGUCGCUCGCCUGCUACUCGCCCAGCCUCAAGUCGGUGCAGGACCAGGCGUACAAGGCACCCGUGGUGGUGGAGGGCAAGGUACAAGGACUGGCCCCAGCCAGCGGCUCCAGCUCCAACAGCACCCGCGAACCGCCCGCCUCGGGUCGGGUGGCGCUGGUGAAGGUACUGGACAAGUGGCCGCUCCGGAGCGGGGGGCUGCAGCGCGAGCAGGUGAUCAGCGUGGGCUCCUGUGCGCCGCUCGAAAGGAACCAGCGCUACAUCUUUUUCCUGGAGCCCACGGAGCAACCCUUAGUCUUUAAGACGGCCUUUGCCCCCCUCGACACCAACGGCAAAAACCUCAAGAAAGAGGUGGGCAAGAUCCUGUGCACCGAUUGCGCCACCCGACCCAAGCUGAAGAAGAUGAAGAGCCAGACGGGACAGGUGGGUGAGAAGCAAUCGCUGAAGUGUGAGGCAGCAGCCGGUAACCCCCAGCCUUCCUACCGUUGGUUCAAGGAUGGCAAGGAGCUCAAUCGCAGCCGAGAUAUUCGCAUCAAGUAUGGCAAUGGCAGAAAGAACUCACGACUCCAGUUCAACAAGGUGAAGGUGGAAGACGCUGGGGAGUAUGUCUGCGAGGCUGAGAACAUCCUGGGCAAAGACGUGGUGCGGGGCCGGCUCCACGUCAACAGUGUGAGCACCACUCUGUCAUCCUGGUCGGGACAUGCCCGGAAGUGCAAUGAGACAGCCAAGUCCUAUUGUGUCAAUGGAGGUGUCUGCUACUACAUCGAAGGCAUCAACCAGCUCUCCUGCAAGUGUCCUGUGGGAUACACCGGGGACAGGUGUCAGCAGUUCGCAAUGGUCAACUUCUCCAAGCACCUUGGAUUUGAAUUAAAGGAAGCUGAGGAGCUGUACCAGAAGCGGGUCCUCACUAUCACCGGCAUUUGUGUGGCUCUGCUGGUCGUGGGCAUCGUCUGCGUGGUAGCUUACUGCAAGACCAAAAAACAACGGAAGCAGAUGCACAACCAUCUCCGGCAGAACAUGUGCCCAGCCCACCAGAACCGGAGCUUGGCCAACGGGCCCAGCCAUCCACGACUGGACCCUGAAGAGAUCCAGAUGGCAGAUUAUAUCUCCAAGAAUGUACCAGCCACAGAUCAUGUCAUCCGGAGAGAAACUGAGACCACCUUCUCUGGGAGCCACUCCUGUUCUCCUUCUCACCACUGCUCUACCGCCACACCCACCUCCAGCCACAGACAUGAGAGCCACACGUGGAGCUUGGAGCGUUCUGAGAGCCUAACUUCUGACUCCCAGUCGGGCAUCAUGUUGUCAUCAGUGGGCACCAGCAAGUGCAACAGUCCAGCAUGUGUGGAGGCCCGGGCGCGACGGGCAGCAGCCUACAGCCUAGAGGAGCAGCGCAGGGCAGCCAUGCCACACUAUCAUGACUCCAUAGACUCCCUACGGGAUUCUCCACACAGCGAGAGGUACGUGUCGGCCCUGACCACACCUGCGCGCCUCUCUCCCGUGGAUUUCCACUACUCGCUGGCUACGCAGGUGCCGACUUUCGAGAUCACAUCUCCCAACUCGGCGCAUGCCGUGUCGCUGCCUCCUGCCGCGCCCAUCAGCUACCGCCUGGCGGAGCAGCAGCCGCUACUGCGGCACCCGGCACCCCCAGGCCCCGGCUCCGGCCCCGGGCCCGGCGUGGACAUGCAGCGCAGCUAUGACAGCUACUAUUACCCCGCAGCUGGGCCGGGGCCGCGGCGCGGGGCAUGCGCGCUCGGCGGCAGCCUGGGCAGCCUGCCCGCCAGCCCGUUUCGUAUCCCAGAGGACGACGAGUAUGAGACUACGCAGGAGUGCGCGCCUCCGCCACCGCCGCGGCCGCGCGCUCGCGGCUCCAACAAACAACUCUCUCCUGGCCCUCUCCUAAGGAAUAGUUACUAG